GCCUGCCCCCCCCUGAUCUCUUUGUGUGUGAGGAUGUUAGCUUACUGGUCAGUGACGCUGGGGGAAAAGAGACAGGGGAAGGAGUAGGCGACGUGUUUGGCGGAUUGGAAUUUUUAAAAGCUUCUUGACCGCUGGAUUUUACAAACAACAUUUUACUGACAUAUUACUAACUUCCUAGAAAUAAUUCUUAUAUUAUACGACGACGAAGUGUGUUUAUCUUGGAAUUCAUACGCCUCCACCGCCCUGCGCCCCGGACUCCACAGCUACUCGCCAUUUGCCCCCUCCCUCGCUGACAAGAUCACUCUGAAGAGGGGCUAGUAAGAAAUAAAUACUUUAAAGAGAUACAGUUAGUAACAUAGUUUAGUGUGGUGUUAUAAACGUGUCACACAUCAUGUCGGGGAGUGAAGAUGACAGAGAUGACUUCGGACCAACGGAUGAAAGUGCACUCGUACAUGAUGAAGAGGAGCCUGAAGAGCCCUCUGAGGUUGAAGCCCCAAAAUCCAAGAAAAAGAAGAAGGCCAAGAAGAGCCGUGAGAGUCGGAGCAGUAAGAGGCAGAAACCCCCCAAAGAGCCGGAAGUGCCACUGAGUUCUCCCGAAGCUCUGGAGGCCGUGGGCCUGGCUGAGGUCGAGGAGGAGGAGAGGGUGGCAGCCAGAUCGGAGAGUGAGGGCAGCGACUAUGCCCCCAGCAAGAAGAAGAAGAAGAAGUCCAGCUCCUCCAGAGACCGAAAGAAACCAUCAACGGCAGAAAAGAACAGUGGUGGAAAGAACAAAAGGAAAGAGCCAGAGCCAGAGGAUGAGGAAGAUGACGAUGAUGAUGGUCAGGAACCUAAGACAUCAGCCCAGCUGUUGGAGAACUGGGGCAUGAAGGAUAUCGAUUACGCCUUUACCCAGCAGGACUACAGCUCCCUUACCAACUACAAAGCCUUCAGUCAGUUUGUCAGGCCGCUCAUAGCUGCGAAAAACCCCAAGAUCGCCGUUUCGAAGAUGAUGAUGGUCCUGGGUGCCAAGUGGCGUGAGUUCAGCACCAACAACCCACUCCGCGGCUCUGCCAGUGCCAGCGCUGCCCUGGCCGCCGCCAACGUGGCUGUCGCCGUGGAGAGCAUGGUGUCGGGGGGCAGCGGGCCGGACGGAGCGGGCACCACCGGGACCCCCGCACCCGCUAACACCCCCCCAGCGCCACCCCCUCCCCCUCCCCCUCCUCCACCGGCGCCGCAGCAGCCAGCCGCACCGCCCCCACCCCCUGCUCCGCCACUUCGCAAGGCCAAGACCAAAGAGGGCAAAGGCCCCAACGCUCGCAAGAAGAGCAGACCCCCUCCCAAGCCUGCAGACAAGAAGUCCAAAGCCAAGAAGGUGGCUCCCCUCAAGAUCAAACUGGGCAGCUUCAAGAGGAAGCGCUCCUCGAGUGGCGAGGAUGAGGAGGGCGACAGUGACUUUGACCGCUUCUCUGUGUCCGAUGGCUCCGGCCGAAGCAGCCGCUCCAAGAAGAAGCCCAAGAGCUCCAAGAAAAAGAAGAAAGUGGAUGAGGAUGCUGAUGGCUAUGAGACUGACCAUCAGGACUACUGUGAGGUGUGUCAGCAGGGCGGCGAGAUCAUCCUGUGUGACACGUGCCCCAGAGCCUACCACAUGGUGUGUCUGGACCCAGACAUGGAGAAGGCCCCCGAGGGCACCUGGAGCUGCCCACACUGCGAGAAGGAGGGCAUCCAGUGGGAGGCGCGUGAGGAGAGCUCGGAGGGGGAGGAGGCGGAGGAGGAGGCGCGGAGGGACGAGGGGGAGGUGGAGGAGGACGACCACCACAUGGAGUUCUGCCGCGUGUGCAAGGAUGGUGGGGAGCUCCUCUGCUGCGACACCUGCCCCUCCUCCUACCACCUGCACUGCCUCAACCCGCCCCUGCCCGACAUCCCCAACGGAGAGUGGAUUUGCCCACGCUGCCUGUGUCCUGCAAUGAAAGGGAAGGUCCAGAAGGUUCUGAUUUGGCGCUGGGGUCAAGCCCCACCCCCUAUCCCAGUGCCCCGCCCAACAGACCUCCCGGCCGACGCCCCUGACCCCAAGCCCAUGGUGGGCCGCCCCGAGAGGGAGUUCUUCGUCAAGUGGUGCAACAUGUCCUACUGGCACUGUUCAUGGGUCCAGGAACUACAGCUGGAGCUGAACUGCCAGGUCAUGUUCCGUAACUACCAGCGCAAGACGGACAUGGACGAGCCCCCGAGCGUGGAUCUGGGCGCCGAGGGCGACGAGGAUAAGAGCACCAAGAGGAAGAUCAAAGACCCCACGUACGCACGCAUGGAUGACGAGUUUGGACGCUACGGCGUCAAGAUGGAGUGGCUCCUCAUUCACCGCGUCCUCAACCACAGUGUGGAUAAGAAGGGCAACGUGCACUACCUGAUCAAGUGGAGAGACCUGCCCUAUGACCAGUCCACCUGGGAGAGCGAGGACAUGGAGAUACCCGAGAUUGACACCUUCAAACAGUACUACUGGAACCACAGAGACCUGAUGAUUGGUGAGGAGGUGCGGCCAGGAAAGAAACUGAAGAAGGUGAAAGUGAAGCGGACGGAGAAGCCUCCAGCGAACCCAGUGGUGGAUGUAAGUGUGUGUGUGUGUGUGUGUGAGAGUAGUAUAGAGCGAUCCCAGUGGUGGAUAAUCACACCACUGCAGGGUCACUCUAAAGGUCCAUUCCUGGUGAGUGCCCCCCUGUCCACCAUCAUAAACUGGGAGCGUGAGUUUGAGAUGUGGGCGCCGGACAUGUAUGUGGUCACUUACGUGGGAGACAAGGACAGCAGGGCUGUCAUCCGGGAGAACGAGUUCAGCUUCGAGGACAACGCCAUCCGAGGAGGCAAAAAGGCCUCAAAGAUGAAGAAAGAGGCUACAGUGAAGUUCCAUGUGCUGCUGACAUCCUACGAGCUGAUCACCAUCGACCAGGCCAUCCUGGGCUCCAUCGACUGGGCCUGCCUGGUGGUGGAUGAAGCCCACCGCCUCAAGAACAACCAGUCGAAGUUCUUCCGAGUGUUGAAUAACUACCCUCUCCAGCACAAACUGCUGCUCACUGGCACUCCCCUGCAGAACAACCUGGAAGAGCUUUUUCAUCUGCUUAACUUUCUCACUCCUGAGAGGUUCAAUAAUCUGGAGGGUUUUCUGGAGGAGUUUGCCGACAUCGCUAAGGAGGACCAGAUCAAGAAGCUCCAUGACAUGCUGGGCCCGCACAUGCUCAGGAGGCUCAAGGCGGACGUGUUCAAACACAUGCCCUCCAAAACCGAGCUCAUCGUCCGAGUGGAGCUCAGCCCCAUGCAGAAGAAGUACUAUAAGUACGUGCUGACGCGCAACUUUGAAGCACUGAACACACGUGGUGGUGGCAACCAGACAUCUCUGCUCAACGUGGUGAUGGACCUGAAGAAGUGCUGUAAUCACCCCUUCCUCUUCCCCAACGCUGCCCUUGAGGCUCCCAAGAUGCCCAAUGGGAUGUACGAGGGGAGCUCCCUGACCAAGGCCUCUGGGAAACUCAUGCUGCUGUACAAGAUGCUCAAAAAACUCAAGGACGGGGGCCACAGGGUCCUUAUAUUCUCACAGAUGACCAAGAUGUUAGACCUGCUGGAGGACUUUCUGGAGAAUGAAGGCUAUAAAUACGAGCGCAUCGAUGGAGGUGUGACUGGCUCCAUGAGGCAGGAGGCUAUCGAUAGGUUCAACGCUCCUGGUGCCCCCCAGUUUGUGUUUCUGCUGUCGACGCGAGCGGGCGGCCUGGGCAUCAACCUGGCCACCGCUGACACGGUCAUCAUCUACGACUCCGACUGGAACCCCCACAACGACAUCCAGGCUUUCAGCAGAGCUCACCGUAUAGGUCAGAACAAGAAGGUGAUGAUCUACCGCUUCGUCACCAAGGCCUCUGUGGAGGAACGGAUUACUCAGGUGGCCAAGAAGAAGAUGAUGCUGACCCAUCUGGUGGUGCGGCCCGGCCUGGGCUCCAAGGCCGGCUCCAUGUCCAAGCAGGAGCUGGACGACAUCCUCAAGUUCGGGACGGAGGAGCUCUUCAAGGACGAGCUGGGACGAAUGCCGGAUGGAGACACUAAGGAGGAGGACAGCAGUGUGAUUCACUAUGACGACAAAGCCAUCGACAGGCUGCUGGACCGCAACCAGGACGCCACCGAGGACAACGAGAUGCAGAGCAUGAACGAGUACCUGAGCUCCUUCAAGGUGGCCCAGUAUGUGGUCAAGGAUGAGGACGAGGAGGAGGAGGAGGAGGAGCGUGAGAUUAUUAAGCAGGAGGAGAGUGUGGACCCAGACUACUGGGAGAAGCUGUUGCGCCAUCACUACGAGCAGCACCAGGAGUACCUGGGCCGCGACCUGGGCAAGGGAAAGCGCCCACGCAAGCCUGUCAACUACAACGACUGCUCGCAGGAGGACCGAGGUAGUAGACGGGAUUGGCAGGAUGACCAGUCUGAUAACCAAUCAGAUUACUCUGUGGCUUCAGAGGAGGGUGAUGAAGACUUUGAUGAACGUGCGGAAGCUGCUAACUCACGCCGGCCGAACCGCAAGGGGCUGAGAAAUGACCGAGACAAGCCACUGCCCCCCCUACUGGCCAGGGUGGGCGGCAACAUCGAGGUGUUGGGCUUUAAUGCCCGUCAGAGGAAGGCCUUCUUGAAUGCAGUGAUGCGUUAUGGGAUGCCUCCUCAGGACGCCUUCACCACCCAGUGGCUGGUCAGGGACCUGCGGGGGAAAUCAGAGAAGGAGUUCAAAGCAUACGUGUCACUCUUCAUGCGACACCUCUGUGAACCGGGAGCUGAUGGGGCAGAGACGUUUGCGGACGGGGUCCCACGGGAGGGGUUGUCACGGCAACACGUCCUGACGCGCAUUGGUGUGAUGUCACUCAUUCGCAAAAAGGUCCAGGAGUUUGAGCAUGUGAAUGGUCAGUGGUCGAUGCCCUGGAUGAAGGAGCUGGAGGAGAGCAAGAAAGCAGCCGCUGUUGCCACGGGAGACGACCCCAAGACACCCUCCACUGGAACACCAGCAGACACCCAACCUAACACACCUGCCCCAGAGGACGCCUCGAAGGCGGACGAUGGGAAGGAUGCGGAGGACAAGAUGGAGAGAGAUGGGGAGAUGGACUUGAGGAGAGUGAAGUCUGACGAGCCUGAGAUCAUUGAGAUCCCUGACGAGGUGGCGUCCGAGGACGACUCUAAGCCUGCCCCGUCAGAGGAUGGAGCGAGCGCAGAGGCGGAGAAAGAGAAACCAAAGGAUGACAGAGAGGAGGAGGAGAAGACUAAAGAGGCGGAGGAGGAGGAGGAGCUCAAGUCAGAGGGGGCGGAGGAAACAAAGGCCAAAGAGGAAUGUAAGGAGGAGAAAAUGGACACAAGCUCUACAGCAGAUGAGAAAAAAGAACCAAAGGAAGAGAAGGAUAACGUGAAGACAGAAGAGAGUGGGAAGCUGCAGAAUGGAGAGACCAUGAAGGAGGCCAGCGGAGGAAUGGAUGUAGUGAUCGAGGAGAAGAAGAAAGCUGCAGCCAAGCAGCGCUUCAUGUUCAACAUUGCUGAUGGAGGCUUCACAGAGUUACACUCCUUGUGGCAGAAUGAGGAGAGGGCUGCUACAGUCACCAAGAAGACCUAUGAGAUCUGGCACCGUCGCCAUGACUACUGGCUUCUGGCUGGCAUCAUACAACACGGGUACGCCCGCUGGCAGGAUGUGCAGAACGACGUGCGCUUUGCCAUCCUCAACGAGCCCUUCAAGGGAGAGAUGAGCCGCGGAAAUUUCCUGGAGAUCAAGAACAAGUUCCUCGCUCGCCGCUUUAAGCUGUUGGAGCAGGCUCUGGUGAUUGAGGAGCAGCUGAGGAGGGCUGCGUACCUGAACAUGUCGGAGGACCCGUCGCACCCCAGCAUGGCCCUCAACACACGCUUCAGCGAGGUCGAGUGUCUGGCCGAGUCCCACCAGCACCUCAGCAAGGAGUCCAUGUCAGGGAACAAGCCUGCUAAUGCUGUGCUUCAUAAAGUUCUCAAACAACUGGAAGAGCUGCUCAGUGACAUGAAGGCCGACGUCACUCGUCUCCCGGCGACCAUCGCCCGGAUACCGCCGGUGGCCGUGCGGCUGCAGAUGUCCGAGCGGAACAUCCUGAGCCGUUGAAGCCAAGGGCCAGAGG